GGCGUUGACGUGAGUCACGCGCCACCCCUUCCACCGUCACGUGGUGCGGGAGAAGAAGUGAGGCGGUGGUACCCCCCAACUCACGGCGUUCACACCCCCCCUUCCACCAUCACGUGGUGCGGGAGAAGAGGUGAGGCAGUGGUACCCCCCUCCCCUCACGACGUUGACGUGGUCACGCACCGCCCCUUCCACCGUCACGUGGUGCGGGAGAAGAGCUUUAGCCUCAUCAUGGGUCUUCAGGAACUUUUCCGAUCCUCGAAUUUCCGACGGAUUUGGGGGUCCGUUCUGGUGAAUCCCACCCAGAGAUUCCCAGUUGCCCAGCGCUGGAAGCAUUCUGGAGGAAGCCCCUACAAAGCAGUGAUCUUUGACAUGGGUGGGGUUCUUGUACCAUCUCCACUUGUAGUGGCUGCAGAAUGGGAGGCACAGAACCAUAUCCCUUCUGGAACAAUCGGCAAGGCCUUAAUCACUGGAGGGGAGAACAGACCCUGGAUGAAAUACAUGAGAGGAGAGAUGACAGCCGCUGCGUUUUUGCAAGAAUUUGGGAGGCAGUGCUCGGAGAUGACCAAUUCAGCUGUGCCGGUGGAUUCGUUUCUCUCUCUGCUGACCAGUAAAGAGACGGCAAAACAGUUCUCAGUGAUGACAGAGGCAAUACAUCGAAUUCGGGCGGAAGGCUUCAAGACUGCGGUGCUCAGUAAUAAUUUUUAUCUGCCCAGUGGGGACAGCUUUUUGCCUCUGGACCGGAAACAGUUCGAUGUGAUUGUUGAAUCCUGUCGGGAGGGGAUUUGUAAGCCAGAUCCCCGCAUUUACAAACUGUGCUUGGAGCGGCUGGGUGUGCAGCCGUCAGAAUCCAUUUUUCUUGAUGAUCUUGGGCAGAACUUAAAAGCGGCAGCCCAACUUGGCAUCCACACGGUUAAGGUGGGUGAUCCAGAAACUGCCCUGAAGGAGUUAGAAACUUAUUUGGGUUUUCCUCUGCAAGAGAGCAUUCCAAACACUUGCUCUGUGAGGAAGGCGAUGGAAAUUCCGAGAGAUUCUCUAGCGAAAUACCUCAAAAACAUGCUGGGAAGCCAAACCACAGGUCCCCUGGAACUUCGCCUGUUCGGUCAGGGGCAGUCGAACCUAACUUACUACAUCAGAUUUGCCGAUCGUCGUUUAGUCCUGAGAAAGAAGCCCCCAAGCACACUUCUUCCAUCUGCCCAUGCUGUGGAGAGAGAGUACAGGAUAAUGAAGGCUCUUGCUGACACUGGAGUUCCUGUCCCCAAGGUUCUUGCCCUUUGUGAAGAUUCAAGUGUCAUUGGCUCCCCAUUCUACGUGAUGGAGUACUGUUCUGGGCAGAUCUACAAAGACCCUUCCCUGCCAGGAAUGGAGCCGAGUCAGCGACAGGCUAUCUAUGCUGCCAUGAACAAAAUCUUGUGCCAACUUCAUAGCGUUGACAUCAAAGCAGCUGGACUGGAAGACUAUGGAAAGCAUGGGGACUAUUUCCAGCAUCAGGUUCAAACCUUAAUUAAGCAGUAUCGAGCCACAGAAACCCAUAUUAUCCCAUCCAUGGAGAGGCUUAUUGAAUGGCUCCCACUCCAUCUUCCCGGGACAGAGAAGACCACAGUGGUUCAUGGAGAUUUCAGGUUGAACAACUUGAUCUUUCACCCUGAGAAAGCAGAAGUGCUCUGUGUCCUGGAUUGGGAACUUUCUACAUUAGGAGACCCCCUCGUUGAUGUGGCCUAUAGCUGUCUGGCUCACUAUUUGUCCCCUAAUUUUCACAUUCUGAAAGGUUUGAGCGAUGGUGAUUUAACUCAGCAAGGAAUUCCCACUGCAGAGGAAUAUUUCAGAAUGUAUUGUCUAAACAGGGGGCUCCCUCCCGUUGGAAACUGGAACUUCUAUAUGGCCUUUUCCUCUUUCCAUGUGGCCACAAUCCUGCAGGGAGUGUACAAACGCUCAUUCACAGGGCAAGCGAGCUCCUCAGCGGCCGAACAAAGUGGGAAGAAGGCUGAGUUCAUGUCUAACUUGGCAUGGGAUUUCGCAGUCAAAGAAGGGUUCCGACUAUUCAGAGACCUGCCAGCAGCCAAACCUCCCGCCAGAUCUUACUGUACCUGGGCCAGACCCAACCUUAACUGGGCCAAAUUUUCAGAGCCUUCAGAGACUCAUGGUAUCCUAGUUAUCGCUCCAGAAACUCUUUCCACACCAGUCCAGAAACCUGAUCGCAAGCCGAAGCAAUUCGUUGAGGACUAUAUCUAUCCUGUUGAGCAGGAACUGAGAAAUCAUCAGACUUCAGAGAGGAGAUGGGCGCUACCUUCCCUGAUGGAAGAACUCGAGGAGAAAUUCAAGUCAGAAGGCCCGUGGAACCUAUUCUUGCCACUGCAGAGUAAUCCUGAGAGGAAGUAUGGGGCUGGACUGACCAAUCUGGAAUAUAUACAUUUGUGUGAACUCAUCUUUUCUUAAACUACGUGAGGAAGUUAUAUGUUUUCCCCGCCCUGCUCCAGGGUUUUUAGUUUCUCUGCCCCAAUCAUUGGAAAUAUGGAGGUGCUCCUGCGAUGUGGUACAGAAAAGCAGAAAGCUCGUUGGCUGAUUCCCUGGCUGGAGGGAAAGAUCCAGUCAUGUUUUGCUAUAACCGAACCCCAGGUUGCUUCUUCAGAUGCUACCAACAUUGAAUCUUCAAUCACAGAGGAGAAAGAUUCCUAUGUCAUCAGUGGUCAUUAAUGGUGGACAACAGGUGUUGUGGAUCACCACUGCCAGCUCUGUGUAUUUAUGGGGAAAACAAAUUUGCAUGCCCACCGCCACAAGCAGCAGUCAAUGCUUCUAGUUCCCAUGGAUACUCCUGGGAUAAAAGUCAUCAGGACUUGUCCAAGUACAGCAAUCUCCAUUAGGGUACUUCUAAAGGGAUCAGCCAAGUUUGUGAGAGAGUUGAGAGGCAUUCCUACAGAGUAUCACCAUCCAAAUGGUGUCUUACCGGGACCCAUUUUGAUUUUUCCAAAUGGUCAUGGACAAAUCAUAUCUGAGGAUGUGCAAGUUCCUAAGAAAAGUGUGUUACUGGGUCCUGGCUGAGGGUUUGAAAUUACCCGAGGCAAGGUUGGCUCUGGGAGAAUCCAUCACUGCAGGAGGCUGAUUGGGCAUUCAGAGGGAGCUUUAGCUCUCAUGAAAGUGAGGGUGAGGUCUCCUGUGGCAUUUGGAAAACAGCUGGUGGAUCAAGGCACCAUUCUGACAGACACUGCCGAGUCCCAAGCUGAGACUGAACAAGCAAGAUUAAUAGUGCCAAAAACUGCCCAUGUCAUGGAUAUAAUAUAUUGUUUGGUCCAGUUCAUAGUCCCUGAAUUGGACUACUGGGAAAAUUUGGAGGCCCUAGUAGCAUGUGGGAGUCUAGGGGUACAGUGGUCAAAUUGGAUGGCUUAUCUGGCUUCAGUGAGGAUGCAGCCUCUGAACAAAAUAGAGGAAUUGACUGGGGAAGGCCUCCUGCAGGAGAUGCGAUUUCAGAAUUUUAGAGGUUUUAAAGAUGGGAAGAGUGAUGGUGUGUCGGAUUUGAAGGGAGUUUCAGGUAGUGGGGAUUUUGGAGCUGCGGGCUGCAAUGAUUAUCCCCUGGCCCAAUUUUUGGGUUGGGUUCGAGCACUUCAGUUUGCUGAUAACCCUGAUGAAGUCCGCAGGGUCACAGUGGCAAAGAUGGAGCUGAAGUGUUAGAACUACAGGCUCUGAAAUCACAACACUGAAGUUUGGCAAUGUAGCUCUG